AUGAGUACCCAGCCUCGAUGGCUGAGGUCAAGAUUGCGCGUUUUGCUUUCAUCUGCCAUUGUUCUUUUCGUAACGCUAUGGCUAUUAGCAGCUCUCAAGUCUGGUCCUGUGCAAAUAUCAGACGAGUCAGAGCUGCGUCGCAAAUUUCCAUAUACAUACAAACAUAUUCACAGUUUCAAAAAGGCAUGGUAUAUUCCGCCAAAUUGGAUCCUCGCAAAUCAAUCAACCCCGAGGAACAUAGUCGAAGCAGUUCAGUUAGCCUCGAAAUCAGUCGUGUCUCAUCCUGAACGUCAUAUUCCAUUCUCAAAUAUUCCCCUCUUGAUGCAUCAAAAAUGGGAUACUACGCAGCUAACUGGCAUAAACGAGAUGGUUAUUUCCUACAUAGAGACAUGGCUGAAAGAUGCCGUCUCGCCCCCUCCAGGAUCCAGUGAAAUGGCAUACUUUAUCUGGGAUAACGAAGGUGUAUUGACACUAAUGGAAGAAUAUGAGCAUGAUUUGGUGAGAGAUUUUGUCGAGGUAUUUUCACCUGUAGAGAAGGUGGACAUUUUCCGCAUUGCAGUUUGUAAAUGGUUUGGAGGUAUCUACGGCGAUGUCGACACGAAAGCGCUUCAACACCCAUCUCAGUGGGUUCACUCAACUGAUAUCUCGGAAUGGACUGAUGGAAUGAGUGGAAAGAAAUAUGGCUUAGAUGAGGCUACGCUGGCACUUCUACACCAAACCUCUGGACAAUCUCCGCCAGUAAACGCAAUUUGGGGGAUUGAAUGCGAUACAGACCCGAAUACAGAUGCUCAUUGGCGCAUGGCGUAUACUUAUCCCGUUCAACUUACAAAUUGGGCAUUUGCAUCUGCUGCCAACCAUCCCAUAUUGCAGUAUUUCUUGGAUCGUCUACAUGAGAAAGCUGCAGAAGCCAGGGACAGAGUUCUGGAAAAUCCAGGCACUAGCUUAUCCCAAUUACAUUACGAUCCAGUAACGCGCACAGGCCCUGUAGCCGUUACAGAAGCUACUAAAUGGCGGUUGGAAGAGCAUGACGGCUUGAGAUGGAACGCAUUGACAGGCUUAAAAGACGGCGGAAAGACUAAGCUAGUGGGCGACGUCUUGAUUCUUCCAAUAACAGGAUUCAGCCCAACACAAAAGAAAUAUAGUAGAAUGGGGGAGAAAUCCUGGGACGAUCCUGACGCUAGACUUGCACAUAAAGCUAUGGGUUCAUGGCAUCACACGAAUCUUAUAGUUGAAUAUGGGAAAUUUUGUCGUACUUUCUUUGGCCUAUGUAAAGACUGGCAGAAGAUGUGGUAA